UAGUUUAAAGUUUAUUUGCAGUCCUGGUUCUUAUCAAUUUUAUUGAAACGUAAGAAUGAACAACAUGCAUUUGUGAUGGAUUAAGCAUUUUUUGCAUCAUAUAGCAAAUGAUGGACAACAAAAAUAAAUGGUUCACCCAAAAGUGAAAACUAGCUUCAACCUUUCUCACCUCUCAGUAUCCAGAUGAGUUUGUUUCUCCAUUAGAUUUGGAGAAAUUUCGCUUUAGUAUUAAAGUUAAGAAGUCCUGAUGGAUUUAUUUGCAACUUUUCAUUACACAAGAUGGACUAGAGUAAUGAGGAUUACUUCUGGAUCAUUGUGAUGUUUUUAUCAGCUCUCAUUCUGACGGCACCCAUUCGCCAUUGGGUUAUGAUAAAUACUGACAGAUUUGAACCUACAGAGAGGACAAGAACAUAGUCCACAUGACACCGUCUGUGCAGUGGCAUUCUGGUAUCUCGAAUCCAAUCCAAAUAUUGAUCAUGAGAGCGUCUCUACUUUCACAUUAUCUGCUGGUAUUUACAUCAGUCCUGUCACUGAGCAGGGUGACUGAGGCGCAGACAGUUGCAGCGCCGGUGACAUUCUAUCCGUUUGGCUCAUUGGAAGGAGACACCGUUAAUAUUGCCCCCGAGGAUGGAAACUCCACUCUUAUUGACCUGUGGAGUCCUUUUGUGUUCUUCGGCCACACGUACAACAGGACAUAUGUUAACAAUAACGGACACCUCACAUUCAACCAGUCACAGUUAGUAUUUAACAACUUUCCCAUCAAUGGAAGUGAAGACAUCAUCGCUCCCCUCUGGACCGACGUUGACGUCAGUAUGAACGGCAUCAUCUCGUAUCAGCAGUACUCCAGCGGGAGCGUUCUCACUCGCGCCACUCAGGAUAUCAACCAAUACUUCCCUGAUCUGACCUUCACGGCUACUUGGGUCCUAGUUGCAACCUGGGAUAGGGUUGCGUACUUUUACCACUCCGGCACGGAAACGUCGUUUCAAGUGGUUUUGAUUUCGGGCGGGGAUUUGUCCUUUAUUCUCAUGAAUUACGGUGACAUUGCGGCGGCGUAUAAUACGGUGCAGGCUGGUUAUGACACAAUAAACUCCACGGCCUACUUUAGUAUCCCUGGGUCAAACGACGGGAGUGCUAUUCCCAACCUCAAGAACUCCACUAAUGUCAAUGUUCCAGGACGAUGGGCCUUCAGGGUCGACGGUGGAUCGGAUCAAAACAGAAAAGAAAAUAUCAUAGGACUUCAAAUGAGAGUUUCUUCAUAUUCAGACCUAAGAGAGAGUGGAAAAAUCGAGACCGUUUUAGAGAGAAUACAACAGGAGCUGACCAAGUACGGUCUGCCAAGCAGUCUCAGACUGACCUUAAGAAGAAUCCAAACGAUAUAUCCGUGAUAUCAGCCUCGUACGAGGAAAGAAAUUCAAGUUCAUUAGAUCUCUUUCAUCAAAUAUAUCCCUGCCAUUAAAAGAUAACUUGCAGAGACCUAAAUAUAGCAACAAUCAAAUCAGAUCUAACUGAAAAGGUUAGAAAUAAUAGACAUUUGUGUAAAAACCGGCAUCUGCCGACAGGAAUGUCACUCUGCAGGAAGUUAAAUGUUGAUUUGUUCUCACAUGUAAAAGAUUUGUGACAGGAGUUUAACCUAGAUCUGCAAUAUGUAAAUAAUGGACAUAAACCUGUUAUUCCUCUAUUCCUCAUUCACUAGAAAAUCUAUCACUCACUGUAAUGUGAAGUUUGCUAAAAGAGAUGUUUGGACAGGUACUGUCUGUUCUGGAAAACUGUCUUGUUUAAAACCAGUGAAUCUGAAUAAAACGCUUUUCAUUAUUUUCUACCGUUUUU